AUAAUACAUCAAUAUGCUCAUUCUUUAUGAGUUCUGUAGGUGGAAUUCCAUCUGGUUUGUAUAUGUCAAUUGAGAUGCUGGUGUGAAAUGUCAUUGCUGUUUAGAAUUUGUGAUGGCUUAUGAGCAGUUGGGGAAUGACAGGGAAAAAAUCACAAAACUGGACGUGCCUGUAAUUUGAACAAAGUGCUUGAGAUGGUGGCUAUGACUGUUGCAGAAUACUCAAGUCCUUAUUCUCUGGAAAGCCCUAGUGAAGCAAUUAGGACAUUAACUAGUCUUUUCAGCUUUUUCUGAAUAUUUUGAGCUCAACCUAAUGUGUUUAAGAAAGUUUUGAUACUCAGAGUACUGAUAUUGCUUUCACAAAAUAUAUCUACUUUGGACUUUGGUAGUCAGUAGUAGGAACUUGGAGCAUUCCAGGCUCCUAGAAAAGCUUUCCUAUCUUUAGUCAUAUAACUGAUCUCAAAUGGGCAGGUCCUCAGUUCCAGAAAGAUCAGUCUUGGCUUCCAUAUAGCCAUGCAGGAACUCACCAGCAGGGAGUGAUGUGCAGGGUAAGAGUAAGUUUGUGCAAAAGUAUGAUUAGCCUAUGAAUGUAUUUUUCAACUAUUCCCUAGGUUGAAGUUGUGACCUUUCGCAUGAGAUACUGAUGGUUUGACUGAAUUAGACUAGGAAAACUUUAUCUUAAGAACCUUGAAGUCUUAAGUGUAAAAAAGCUAGAGAAUAUAGAAAAUAAUUUUGCAACUUCUCCCAGUUGCAAAUUGAUGAUUCCUGAAAGUGUCCUCACUGGCUAAUCUAAAUUGUAUUCUCAGCUGCUCUAAGUAUUCCUCACUUGCCAAGGAUUAAUGUUACUAUGGAUUACAAAAGGAAGCAAUUCAGUGCUUCAUUGGUAAAGAGGAAACAAGUUUUCCCUUAGUUUUGUCUCAUGGCCACUUCCACUGGAACAGAUUGUGAUCAAGCCUAAAUCAAGAGCUUUCAAAAGCAGGAAGUCCUGAUAAUUAAUAGAAAUUAGCCUUUUAAAUAGUACUUGUAAACUGCUUGGUGCACAGCCUAGAUACAUAAUUGUCACAGAGAUACACAGGAGCUGUUUUGUAGAGUGAGACUCAGAAAUGGAAGUGGUUUAUUUCACUCAGAAAAUCAUAUCAUAAUAAUCCUGGGAUUAAGGCUGGUUAGGCAGCAUGAGAGCUGAGAAACACAGAAGCCAGGGACAGCCUUGGGGCUGCAGGCGGAAAGAGGAGGAGGGGACAGAGGAGGAGGAGGAAGGCAGCUGCUUGCCUGCCCUCCUCACAGCCUGCCAAGCUACCGGCCAGUGAUGCCCCUAUGGCCAGGAGCAGGAGCAGGACCUCCCUCUGCACAUGGCUCAUCUUCCCUGGGCUGCUUGGCUGUUUCCUCCUGGGCUUUCUUACAGGAUGGUUGACAAAACUGACUGAAAAAACACUCAACUCUUCAGUUGUCUACCAAAAUGUGAGACAGAAACUUGUGGCUGAAAUGAAAGCGGAGAAUAUCAAGCAAUUCCUCCGCUCAUUUACUAGGUUGCCUCAUCUCGCAGGAACUGAACAGAAUCUUAUUCUUGCCAAACAAAUUCAAGGCCAGUGGAAGGAAUUUGGAUUGGAUUCAGCUGAACUUGUUCAUUAUGAUGUGCUUCUUUCAUACCCAAAUGAAAAGCAGCCAAACUACAUCUCAGUAAUUGAUGAUCAAGGGAAUGAGGUUUUCAAUACGUCAUUGUUUGAACCACCUGCACAGGGGUACGAAAAUGUUGCUGAUAUACUGCCACCAUAUAAUGCUUUUUCAGCACAAGGAGUGCCAGAGGCAGAUCUGGUCUAUGUGAAUUAUGGUCGUACAGAAGAUUUUUUUAAGCUGGAGCGUGAAAUGGGAAUUAACUGUACAGGAAAGAUUGUCAUUGCCAGAUACGGGAAGAUCUUCAGAGGAAACAAAGUUAAAAAUGCCAUAUUAGCAGGAGCCCAAGGGAUCAUACUUUAUACAGACCCUGCUGACUACUGUGCCCCAGGAAUAGAUGCUUAUCCAAGUGGCUGGAACCUUCCAGGUGGAGGAGUCCAGCGUGGGAAUGUAUUAAACCUGAAUGGAGCUGGGGACCCUCUAACACCAGGUUAUCCUGCCAAAGAGUACACUUUCAGGUAUAAAGUUAAUGAAGGUGUAGGAAUUCCCAAAAUCCCAGUUCACCCCAUUGGAUAUCAUGAUGCAGAAGUAUUAUUGAGUGCAAUGGGAGGACCUGCAGCUCCAGACAGCAGCUGGAAGGGAAAUCUCAAUGUGUCUUAUAACAUAGGGCCAGGAUUCACAGGCAACUCUUCUACAAGAAAAGUCAGAAUGCAUGUUCAUACAAGCAAUAAAAUAACACGAAUUUACAAUGUCAUUGGCAUCCUCAGAGGAGCCGUGGAACCAGACAGAUAUAUUAUUUUAGGUGGUCACAGAGACUCUUGGGUAUUUGGUGGUAUUGAUCCAACAACGGGUGCAGCUGUUCUGCAAGAAAUUGUACGGAGUUUUGGUAAAAUGAAGAUGGAAGGUUGGAGACCUAAGCGAACUAUUAUUUUUGCAAGCUGGGAUGCAGAAGAAUUUGGAUUAUUGGGUUCCACAGAGUGGGCUGAGGAAAAUGCCAAAGUCCUUCAGGAACGGGCAGUUGCUUACAUAAACACAGAUUCUUCUAUAGAAGGCAAUUACACACUAAGAGUUGACUGCACCCCUCUUCUCUACAAACUGGUGUAUAAUCUGACAAAAGAGAUUUUAAGCCCUGAUGAGGGUUAUGAAAAUAAGUCUCUUUAUGAGAGCUGGCUUGAGAAAGAUCCUGGAACUGAAAAUAAUAGCUAUCCAAGAAUAAAUAAACUGGGGUCAGGCAGUGAUUUUGAAGCUUAUUUUCAGCGACUGGGAAUUGCAUCAGGCAGAGCUCGUUACACCAAGAAUAGGAAAGCAGACAAAUUCAGCAAUUAUCCUGUUUAUCACACUGGGUAUGAGACAUUUGAACUAGUGGAAAAAUUUUACGACCCCACUUUCAAGAAACAGCUAACAAUUGCCCAGUUACGAGGCAAACUGGUUUAUGAACUGGCAGACUCCCAGGUCAUUCCAUUUGACUGCAGAGAUUAUGGAGAAGCCUUAAAAGGAUAUAGCAACAGAAUUUAUAAAUUGGCCAAGAAGCACGAAGAACAGCUGAAACUUUACAAAGUGUCAUUUGAUCCUCUUUUUUCUUCUGUGGUGAACUUCUCAAAGGCUGCUGAUGAAUUUCACAGGAGACUUGAACAAGUGGACAAGAAGGACCCAGUCGCAGUGCGAAUCAUGAAUGAUCAGCUGAUGUUGAUAGAAAGAGCUUUCACUGAUCCUCUGGGCUUGCCAGGAAGGAAGUUUUACAGGCAUGUCAUCUUUGCUCCAAGCAGUCACAACAAGUAUGCUGGAGAGUCCUUCCCAGGGAUCUAUGAUGCCAUGUUUGAUAUUGAAAGCAAAGCUGAUCAACAUGAAGCCUGGGAAGAAGUGAAGAGGCAGAUUUCCAUUGCAGCCUUCACUGUGCAGGCAGCAGCAGAAACACUGAAGGAAGUAGCAUAGGAUGAUGGCUUUGAAAACUCACACAUCAAAGCCUGACAUGCAGAGUAGUCAGGCUACUGCAGAGACCCAGCCUCUUCUGAAUGCCUGCCCUAUCUGAGUUUCCAACCUUACAAAUGCAUGCAAGUGUGCUGGCAGGGUGGGCAGGAGCUUUGUGUGUCAAAGAACUCCUGAGAAAUUAUUGCAUCUCUGACACUGACAGAACUGCAGCUUUAUGAACUGCCCCUGAUGGAAGCAAAUUUGGAUGUGGGGAGGGUGGGGAGCAGGAACAAUCACUUCCCAAUUUGAGUUUUCUGGAAGAUCUGCCAAUUUUGAGAACCUGUUAUUUUGGAUGUACAAUUAUGAAACCAGUUAUUUGUCAAGCUACCUAUAACUUUUGUCCAGAGCAGUGAUCAACAGCAUACAUUCUGAGAGAAAAAAAUAUAACACUUCUCAGCCUUUGCA